AAAAUGGCUGACACAAACAUAACAGCAAAGCAGCGCCUCAAAAGAGGUACACUGGUAUCCGAUAAAGAAAGACGGGAACGCAAGCAAGGUAUGGACAGGCAGCGACAGAAGUCUCGCAUCUGUGUCGGUGAACAGAUUGGAAGAUGGAUGGCUGUGAAGGUCAGCAUCGGUCUGUCAAAAAACGAAGAUGUUGCAAAAAUGUUACUGGACAGCUGGUGUUUGAUCAACAGUUUCUAUGUGGAUGACCAUGGUAACUUUCCAGGCAAAGACUGUUCAACAGAAAUACAGUCAAAUAAAACUGUAUCUCCUCAUCACCUACCUGACCAGAGAGACACAUGCUCCAAGAUAGUAUCCACAUUGAUGGAAGAGACACUGGAAUCACAAAAAGAUACUGAUAUCAGACAGACAACACAGGCUGUGAAUGUUGACUUUGUCAUGGUUGAUACAAAUGACUUCAGUCAGAAACCUGUGGAGAAUGGAAUCACAGAAAGACUAUCUGCUGUCAACAGCUCUGAUGAUACUAUACAAAGUGUAGAUGGUGAUGAGGUGAUGCCAGCCUCGAGUGAGCUUUCCAAUAUAAAUGAGAUCAAAUGCGAGCCGGAGAUGUAUACAGAAACAGAGCGGAACAGAAUGACUGACAGUGUUACAUCACACAGUUCCGACGAGAACAGCGAUGACAACACCAAUGACACGGAUGUAGAUGACAUGUGGGAUAUCAAUAUGCCAGAUGACAGUGAAUAUGUCAAGCCCAAUGUUCAUCAGCCUGAUGGAGUAGAGGAAAAAGAUGUGAUGCUGGACCUGAGCUGUAGUGAGGAGGAAGUUGAUCAGGACAAUUCAUCCACAAUCAGACAUGACGAUGUCUUCCACGACAACAGCCCUGAACCGCAAAUCCAACUUACUCCCUCAAAGCAGCGAAAGGCAAGGAAAAUCUCUAAAAGGAAGUAUAAAGUGAAACCUACAGUAGCCUCAAGGAAAAGGACUGCCUCCUGUCCAGAGGAAGGGCAUCGUCAGAGUACAAGAUUGAAGAAGAAAGGGCGCCGAUCCUAUGUGGAUGUCGACGUACAAGAGACCUUUGAGGCUAAUAGGGAUAAAGAGAGACAACCUGACGAUGAGAGUCUUCAGAGUGGCCAGGAGAAGCAGUAUAAACUUUACAACGAAGAUUUCAGCAGUAUACAUCCCAAAAAACGACACACGGCAAGGUACUCGGAGGGAAACUCUACUGUACCGGAAAUCCAUCUGGAGAGACAGGGAAUCUCCACACAAACAGAUGGUAAACCAGGUCAGAGGUCAAGGCCAAAGGUUAAAGAUAAAACUGAUCACACCAGGGUACCUAGGAAGGAGAAUCUCAGUUAUGAUGCAGCAAGUGAACUUCGGGACAUUGAGACAUUUUCAGAUGAAGUCGAUUUAGACUCUGAUUUUUUGGAAGAACCCGAUCCUAACGAUUCAGAUUAUGAUCCAGAAAUAGAUAUAGCGGAACCACCACCUAAAAAAAAGCGAAAGUACACAAAGCGCAAAAAGGAGGAAAAAGAGAAAACCACAGAUGAAAGAGAAUGUCUGGCGGGAAAUGAUGAUGGAACAGAUAAGGAGAAAUCUGGGAAAAAGACACGAGGGAGGCAAAAAAAACGUGCUAAAGGAGAAAAACUGAACGCUUUACCAGGUAGCAGACGGUCUGAUAAGUACUUUCCAGAUAUCAAUGUCCAGUUGGAGGACCACAAGGAUAAAUACGAAGUAAUCACGUGGACAAGUCAUUGCAAGAAAGACCGAGGAGUGGAUGUGGAGCAGAAGUCUUUUCAUGGGUAUGGCUGUAAGAUGUGUGGUGGUGUGUUUAAAACGACAGACAGGUCAGUGAUGGAGGUCCACCUGAAGGAGCACAUGCAGGGCAAAUUGACUUGUGGCGAGUGUGGUCUGGUUUUUAGUUACUACACACAACUGAGAAAGCACCGCCUCAAGUUACAUGUGGAGGCCAAGUACACGUGCGAGGAGUGUGGCCAACAGUUCCACUACAUCAAAGUCCUCCAUACCCACCUCUCCAAGGUACACAACAAAAAUGUGUACCAGUGUAAGAAGUGCCAGAUGAACUUCCAGUCGAAUGCUGACCGCAAGGCACACAGCCUGGAGGUUCACCCAGAAUGCUUUGAAAAAUGUAAAGUGUGUGGCGAAACGGUGAACAUGACACUUUGUAAAAAUGCCAUGGAGCGUCAUAUGCGGUCAUACUGGUGUCAUCGGACUGCCAGCUGUAUCUGUGAAAUCUGUGGUAAGGAAGUGCAAAGACUAUCCAUCAAAACACACAUCCGACGAGUGCACCACAAGACCAAGACACUACGCUGUGAUAUCUGUGACUUCUCUACUCAUCUAGGCUCAACUUACAAACUCCAUAUGAUGACACACACAGGUGAACAUCCAGUGAAGUGCUCGUUGUGCGACUUCUCCUGUAUCCGUAGUUACCAGCUGACAUCACACAUGAGGACUCACACAGGCCACAAACCUUACAAGUGUGACCAGUGUAACUAUGCAUCUGCCUGGAAUGUCCAGCUCAAGGACCAUAAGAAAGCCCAUUUCAGUGAAGACCGGGUCAAUUGUGAUACAUGUAACAUUGUAUUCAAAGAUCGACGUGGGCUUAACAUGCAUAUUUCUAAGGAACAUGCUAAUACAUCUGUUCCCGAUUCUCACUUGGUGAAGAAAAAUCCCGCCGACACAAGCAAUUACAUGGCCAGAGAAAACCCAGGUGAUUCUGGCUCUUAUAUAGCACAGGGACAUCAUGGUAGUAUAAAUGCUUACAGUGGUCAUGGUAAUCCAAGCUCAUCAGAUAAUUACAUUGUUCGUGGAAAUCUGGGUGUACCAAGCUCUUACAUCAGAGGGAAUCCUGGUGCGGCAGAUGCUUAUGUUGCCAGGGGAGGUAACUUAUACUGAUUAUUACAACAUGCAUAAUGAAAUAUCUGACUAAUAUCUAGGGCUUGAUACAAAUAAUCAGAAAUGAGAAUCCUGUAUAGAACGAAUGCUUACCCGGUAUAUACAAUGUACAUGUACAUUCAGUUGAUGGAACAGGAUGUUUUGUGAUACAUCAUGUUGAAUUGUUAUACAUUUUGUAUACGGUUUGCCACACAAUACAGAAUUGCUAAUUAGAAUAUCUAAUUUAGUGUUGCUUUUGUAUAGAUUGUUUUUGGUUUAUGUAUCGUACAUGAUAUGUAACUGGAUAUACAUGUUAGUGCUGUGUCAAAAAGUAAAAUGAUACCGGUAAUUUCAUUUGUGUAAUAUCGAUAAACAAUUUUGAUACUGUCUUUUAUGUGUAUUCAAGUAUGAUGACCAAGGCCGAGAGUAAAAUAGGAUCUUUCCUGAUGGUAGGAUAUAGAAAUCUGUUCAUUUGUUUAUAUUUUUCCUCCCAAUAUGAAAUCAUGUAGUAGUAAACCAGUGUAUAUGUCAAAAAACAGUGAAGAUGAAUAUUUACAGUGAAUGAGAAAUGACCAAAGUUACACACUAAUACAGUAUUACAUUAUAGUUCUUUGUAUUGUUGAUCUAGUGAUGUCAUACAAUUCAUGAUGUGAUAUGUGAUAGGAAAAUCAAAUCGCCUAGUUCCACCAGACACACUUUUUCCCUCACAGACUUCACAGGUCGAUCCCGUAGUUGUUAUAGCUAAUAGGGAUGGGAUCAACUGAGCUCACAUGUGCAAUAACGCCACUCAAAAUAGUGUAACAUUAUCAUUUUAUGUUUCUUAACCACGUCUCAAAUCGAUAGCGUCAUCAAUUUCGAUGGGCAUACAUGAUGAUAUAAUGAAAAGGUUUCACAUUACCUUAGAAUUUGGUACUUGUUUUUAAGUAUGUGAAAAAAAUUAUCAAACAAAACAUGGGCUUGUACUGUGAAUAAGGAUAGCGCUCUCAACCCUCGUGUCCACAGUACAGGCCCAUGUAAGAUUCUAUAAUCUGUUUUAACCCUCUUGCAAGAUUUUACCCAGAGCAGUCAGAAUAACAAAGAGAGUACUGUGCAUUCUGGGCGGAACAUUAUACCCUGUCAAAUGCCAUAUACUGUAAUAUACUAUCUUGCAUUUGCAUUAAAAUAUGGUUUACAUUUUCUUAAGAGGGGCUAGUUAGCUUGCUAUAAAUCUCACCUUUCACUACAAAGUCAUUGUUCCAUUUUCUAACAGUUUGUGGAAAACAAGUAUUUCAAAGUCUGUAACUCAUUCAACACAGCUUGUUAUCGUGAUUACAUCUUGAUUACAAAGCCUACCAAGUUUCAAAGAAAUCGGUAGAACAUUGUAGAAGGAGAUUUCCGGACAACAUUCAAAUACUGGAACGAACAAAAGGCAAUACUUUUUGCAAAAAAAGUUGAAAUAAAAUUCUUUUCAGGCAAACACAAUUUCACAUCAUGAUUAUAAAGCCUGCAUAGUUUCAAAGAAAAGGUAAAAAAAUGUAGGGGAUCUCCCAACAAAAAUCAAAUACUGAAAUAAACAACGGGCAAUAACUUUUGCAGAAACAAAUUAAUCAAAAUUCUUUUCAAAGGAACACAAUUUUAUAUCAUGAUUAUAAUAGAUGUACCAAGCUUCAAAAAGGUCAGUUGAAAAAUGUUGAUCGCCAAACUAACAUAAACACACAGUACCAUAUGAUAGUCCUGUCAAAUGACACAUGUAUAAAAAAACAUUAUAGUAAUUUAUUUUUUGAAGCUACUGAAUUAGCCAGCAUUAAAUAUAGUAUUAAUUAAAAUACAUAUUAUUGAAAAGUAUUAGCUUUAAGGUUUUUAAUUAAGUUUGAUUUAACUGUGCCAUAUAUAUUUAAUGACUUUACCUGUGUUUAAACCACAGGGGCUUGACAUAUCCAUAAUGACAUAAAUUAUAAGUUAUCUGAGGGUUAGACCCUGGGAUUAAACAUUCAUUCUCAGAUAUUGGAUGUGUCAAGGCGCUGUGGUUAAACUUAAUAUAUUUUUAUUUACUACUAUUAAAAAUUAUAUUAAAAAUAAUUUGUUUUUUAGAUGCAAUUUUGUAUCAAAUAAUUAAGGUAGUGAUAUAUAUACAUGCCGUAUGUCUUGUACAUAUUGGUAAACAUAUUGUAUACCAGUGAAUAAUCAGAGACUUUUGUUUAUUUGUUUAUUAUUGAUCAUUGUUUCUGUGUCUUUGUUAUAUUAAAAUAUUUUCAUUUUCUUAAUCAUUGAAAAGAGACAUUAAAAAAUCUGACAUCUUGAUCAAUGACACUGCCCCCAAGCCAUCGACCCUACAUUUGUACAGCUACCAGAUCUUCUAUUACCUGAAAUAGCAAUUUUCUAAAACACAACUGGUUAAAUUUUAAAGAUGCCCCUUGCCAAGUAUAUUAGAGUAUUACAUAUUAUGUAACAGAAGGAUUUUGUUCUUGCUUACAGCAAUGGGGUGGGUCCGUAAUGACGGAGAAGCCACAUGCAUCUCUUAAACUAUCAGUGUUUAACCCAUUAACUUCAACAGUAUUAAGAUAAAAGAAAAUCUUUUAUUUGUAGAAAAAAAAUAGUCAGGUGAGUGUCGAUGAUCAGUGACUUUGUUGUUUGUUGGGCACUGUUAUUUACAUUUCCUGGUGCAUUUUGGUCUUUGACUGGUAAAUCAAACCUCCAAGUCGUUAAUAGCUCAUGAUGUAAACUGAAGCUUUGUACUGGAACGGAACAGUCGUAACAGAAAUUUUUCCUAUACAGUUUGUACAAUAAUUAUAUAUAAUUAGCUAUCAGAAAUUGAAAUGUAUGAUCAUUGUGAUAAUGCUUGCUUUAAAAUUUAGAUUUUACCAUAUUCUGCUUAUAAUGUUUGAUACAUGUUCUUCCGCAUACCAAAGACCCCAUGUAUACUUGUAAACAAGUGAUUUACUACAUAAUUAUGAAAGUUGGUUCAUAAUUGUUUUAAAAUGAUUUAAGUUGAGUUAUUUUUAUAAACGAGUUCUGCACAAAACAAGAUGAGCACAAUGUUUUUAUUUGCUGUUGACAAGCAACUGUACGUGGUAUUAGAAAGUCUAUAUAUAUGUGCCAUUAUUAAACUGUCUCUUUGAUUUGCAUUUUGGUAGUGAUAUGUUAGUCGAGUCUUAGAAUGUGCCUUUAAUUUACGACUCGAUACAAAUCCAGUAAAACUGGUUAUUUGACUGUAUAUGUUAAUUAGAGCUUUAUAGUUAAAUUGUUGAUCAUUAAAUUAGAAAGUGUCUUUUUUACAUUUUCAAAUAUCUUUAGUUUAAAUAUGGCAUACAAAUGCACAUGAAGUUUAAAGAUUAAAAUUUUAGUACACGUUUAUAUGUAUUAUUGUUUGAUCAAUGAGAUUGAUGGCUGAUAGAGAAAUAAUAAAGUUAUCUCCAAAUAAU